AUGCUUUCAAGCCAUGCGAUCAGCGCCCAAGCAACCGUAAAGCUCCCAUUGGAAGCUUCUGACGACACUCCAUGGCAAGAUCUCGCCGAUGUCGUGAGCUCCCCGGAUGUUCUAACUGGUCCUACUGAUCUGAAUCAGUGGUAUGAACAGUGUGUCGAUCCCUUUGAACUAGAGGAAAUUCCUCCCGAGUGGAACGACUUUGGCUAUGCCGUUGUUAGCAACUAUGACCUUCUGAAUGUCACUUCUGGUUUGUGUUUGGAUUUCGUCAGUUGCGCCUUUCAAAACUGCAUCUGGCCGACACCCGAAGGAAUUGACUCCUUUCCAGAUUUUCCAAUCUGGGAUUUUGACACAAAUCAAAUCAGAAGUCCCCAUGCCUUGCUACCAGGCACUGGCGAUGAUUUCUUGGCUGCCGUCCUGUCGGAAGAAGCGGAACCCUUCCAUAACUUUCCCGCUCGUGUAGUGAAUCCACGUGUAGUAGCAGAUAUCGUCCAUGCCGUCAAUUUCGCUCGCACUAAUGAGAUUGGAAUUACCGUCAAGGUCAAUGGGCAUUCCUAUUUUGGAAGCUCUUCGGCCCGCAAGACUCUACUGGUGAAAAUGAGCACCUACUACCCCAAGUAUGAUGAUCUGGGUAGUCUCAUGGAAUGUUUGGAUUAUGAGACAGAACUGGAGGAAGACAGCGCCAAUUACAUGGCAUGUGCACUGGCCAGUGCUAGAGGCAAGAAUGCCAUCUUGCGAGUUGGUGGUGGUUCCUUUUUUGAUCAUGCCUACCGAGCAGUGAGUGUGACAUGGAAUCAAAACCCAGAAAAUGCCAACAAGUAUCAUCUUGUUGGCGGUGGAGCUGGCUCUGUCUCGGCAGCUGGUGGAUGGAUGGCCAGUGGAGGUCUGAGUGGAACCACAGGAAUGCGCAUGUAUGGAAUUGGUAUUGAUCAAGUGUUGCAUUUGGAAAUGGUGCUGCCCAGUGGCACUCAUGUACGAUUUGGACCCAGUGAAUGGGACGAAGCACCAGGAAUGAUCACGCCUCAAACAACCCAGGUCACAGGAUUCUGCAACUACCAGUGGGAAAUGCCUGAAGAAGAUUGGGAGUGGACGGAAUGCACGGGUGAUGAUGCAGAUAUUGAUUUCGACGAAUUGUGGUUUGCCGUUCGCGGCGGUGGCGGCGGGACAUGGGGAAUUGUCACCUCGCUCCACUAUCAACUCCAUGAUUAUCCUGGUGAACUGUACCUCAUGAGCAAUCAACCAGGCAUUUUUGCUGGGUACGAAGAGUUGGCAGCAGACAUCAAUGCUGUGUACACCUUGACUCUGCUCUAUGUUCGAUUUGCUUUGGGGUUCCUCUAUCAACCCUCGUCCAUGAAUGUCACGGAAGCUGAGAGCCGAGGAUGCAAUUCUGCGAAGACUUUUGGCCUCAACCCCUUUGUACCCACCACACUGUUCUGCUAUGGAUCAUCGGGGCCAAAAUUGAUUGAAGCAUGGGCCGAGUACAUCUCAGGUGAUGAGCAGCUAGCUGCUUUGACCGCAGCGGGUGCUCCGGAUGACUUUAUUGCCAUACUACCUACCCUUUUUCAGCUUCCAGAACUAACAGCCCCAUCCUAUGCAGACUUUGGAAUAUUCUCCUCAUCCUUUGACCCUCUUUGGAACCACCAAGGGAGAAUUCCAGAUAACCCAAAGGCCAGUCUGGUUCCCUUCAUUGACGGUUUUCCCAGCCUUGCUGAUUCCACAAAUACACACUUUCCACUCAGGGUGGUUGAAGAACAGUUCGAUGCACUGACUGAAUUGAUUACAAUCGACACCCUGUAUGCUGGCGACGGCCAGCUUAUCUAUGCAACAGGUGGUGCCAUUCCUUAUGCCGAUGAUGGACUCAACGCCUUGUCACCAACCAGGCGAUUUGCUGCUUUUCAGAAGGCAGUUAACAAUGAAACUACGAGGAGCCGCUACUAUGAACUUUUCUAUAGCGAUGCUGACAUGUCAGCGCCCUUUCCUGGCCAGGCUUGUCACAACCAUGCUCAUGUCUAUGAAAUGGGACCACUCAAGGACGAUUGGACUCGGGCUUGUUCGCUUGAUUGGCCUCAAGCCACGAGAGAAGAACUAUGCAUUGCACAAGGAGAGAACUUUUGGGGCACUGAGAAUCUGGCCCGCCUUGAAACGUUCAAGGAUGUCAUAGACCCUGAUGGAAUCUUUCUGUGUGCUGCUGGAAUUGGGUACUCGAAUCCCGCUGUAGAGGAUGAAACCUUUGAUUCUGAAGGUAGUUUAGGAUCGUUCCCAAAAGAAGAGUCGGAAGAUGAGGAGGCUGUUCCAGAUGUGGCUGUGGCUCGCCAGGAAAGUCCUGGUGACGGAGAAGACUAG